AUGCCUCGUGCCUGUGAUGCUAGCGAACUCGGAACACCUGGACCUUCUCUUUCAUCUUCCUAUGUGUUUUGUCGAAUAAUGGAUGACAGCUGGGGCUGCGAGCAAGACUUUUUUGCAGUCUCACCAUUUGGAGGAUCCCAAACGUUGAACGAGUUGGUUGAUGGAUUAACUUCGAGGAAACCGACGAGCACUGAUACGAUCUCGUACAAGUCUGCUCCCACGGAUGAUGUUCAAGUGGUGCCUUGUGUUAUCAGGAAGAAGCCGCGGUUUGCGCCAAAGAUUCUAAAAAAGAAGAGCUCGUUGAAUAAAGUGUCAAAGGAACCGAAUGUGAAACACGUCACGUUUGAGGUACAGUGGGCCUCGGGUGUGGUGUCUCGGGAAGGCAACAUACAGGAUCGCAGUGCAGCUCGUGAACGCCUUGUUAUGUCGUUGGGAGGCAAAGCACCAAAAGGAAGAGCUGUGAAUUACAAGAUUCUAAAGAAAGAGCGGAAAGAGAAGAAGGAAGAGGAGACCAAGAAAGCAGCAGAAAUGAAGGCUCUACUUCGAGUCAAUCCAGCAAAGAAGAAGAGGAAGUAG